AUGGCCGACACAGAGCUCCACGAAGAUGUGAAUAGCCUGAUUUUGGACUAUCUGGUCUGUCUCGCGAUCGAACAAACCCUGUCGGCAGCGGAUGAUAUACGCGACCCCGUCAAAGCCGAGGAAGCCGACUGGCUCGUGCAGUCAUUGAAAGCCUUCGGAUCUCUUCCCGCCUCAACCUCAACCUCCUCGCUAGCCGUGGAUCUGAACAUCAAACGUGAGGUCCUAUGGGUAGCGGAUGCAGUUCGAUGUUACAAACUCGAGCCGAGGCAAGGUCGAGAUUCAGAAUCACCUCAACUUGCAAAGAUCGGCCUCCGUUUCAUGAAUCUUUGUCUUGCCGCCGUACCCAAAGUCUCCGAAUCCCGCUGGCUAGACGUUGGUGCCCAAUUCUUGCACCAGGCCGCGAUCCACGACCAAAUCCGAACCUCAGAUGACGCUGACGCCAUAAAACGCCUCCAAGAAUGGAACUGCAUCAAUCCAGGCCGCAACAAGCGAUGGUUCCAAACGUGGCAAGCCUAUGGCUAUGGCGGCAAUGUCAGCCAGCCAGAAUUGUCACGAAGAUUUCCACUCGCCCGGUUCAAAAACACAGUGAUGAGAUUCCUGUUAGAUCUGAUGACUGUCCUCGAGCCUCCUAUUCUGAUUGAAUUGGAGCGUGGGAAGCUGGGGAAUUUGUCCCGUGAUGAAACAAGACAGCUCCUAGAGCGCGCUGGUCAGCGCUAA